AUGGCAAUACCUCCGCAGGAACCGCAACAAGCACAUCUGCAACCCCACCAGGACCCCUCAUCGGAAGUGGCAGAAUCUCCGUCGACGUCUGACCCAAGUGAACCGAGGUCUUGCGCGCAACGCCGGAACUCAAGAUACUGCGUAGAGGCCUGCAUAGAGUCUUUGAGCUGGCGCGGAUGGCUCGUUUAUCUUGCCUGCCUGCUGAUAAUAAUCAUCAUUAUUGGAAUCGUCUGCAGCGCCCAUGUAUACUAUCAUGAUAUGGGAGGCCAAGGUUGGCUCAAGCUGAAGCGAAGGAGCCAAAAAGAAUCUCAUCAAGUCCAGAACUUUUCGCAAGUAUGUCUGCCAUCGAGACAGCUGGGAUUUCAUAGUCCAGUGCUGGCUUUAAGUCGAAGGGUACCAGCCACUGUACCUUGGUAUACCUGUGGAGAUCAGCAAAACAGUUGUGAAGCAUACGCCCAUCCCGUGAGUCUCCAUUCGAACUUUGCGUUCCCUUCUAUGACUGAUCAUGUCGCUCGCUUGCUACAGGAGAUUUGCUGUCCUCAAGGUAUGAUUUGUCGACCUACAACUCACACCACAUCAGGUAUAUACUGUUGCAAUGGGACGAUAUCACACUCUGAUUGUCGUCUCUUGAGAGCCCACGCAAGAUGUAGACCAAACUACUUUGAAUGCCCGGGAGACAUGGGAGGAGGUUGCUGUCCUAAUUCGACGACUUGUUACAAGAAUCAAUGUAUUCCUGUAUAUCAACAGCCAUCUUCUGUUCGACCGUCGAAUGGGCCAACAGUGACACCCUGGCCAGCUGCUCCUGUACCAAGGGAAGGAGAGAUAGCACAAGGGUCACGACUUAUGAUAUCGACGUUUUGGUGUGCUGGUUACUUUUCGGCAUUGAGCUUCUUGAUCUUCGUGGGUGCCGCGAUGGUGAUGCUCUGA